UCUCCUAAAUACGAACUGAUGGCAACAAAGUACUAUAAAAACACCCAUACUCCAUAAAACAGAGCAGAGGAAGAAAAAAGUAAAGAAAAACUUACCCACACGACAAGCCACUCAUGGUUUCCCUUCAACCAUCUCUCUCCACGAAGGAGAAGAAUCCUUUGUCCUCCAAUCUGAAGAGAAAGAGAGAAGAAGCGCAAGAAGAAGAAGAAGAAGUGUCUAUUGAAGAUAAAGCAGGAUUCCAGGCGAAGAAAGACCCCAAGCUUUGGAAACCCCAACUACCAAAGUUUGAUUCAGCCAUCGAGCUGAGUCUCGAAACUCCCUUACCCUUGGAAUGGCAGCGAUGCCUUGACAUCAAGUCAGGAGAGGUACAUUUUUACAACACCUUGACUCAAAUGAGGACGUUCAAGGACCCAAGAUGGAGCCGAGAAGCACACAGCCGUCGCCCAACCUUAGACCUGGAGCUCAAUCUCAUGAGCGAACGAUCUGAAAUCCAUGGCGAGGAAACUGAUCAGACUGCUGAUGAGAGAGAAAUGAUGGCGAUAGUCUGCGCGAGAUGUCACAUGCUGGUGAUGAUGUGCAAGGAGACGCCUUUGUGCCCGAACUGUAAGUUUGCGCCACCGCCGCCGCCGGGGUUGGAAAGUAAGCCAAAGGUGAGGCUUUUACGCUGCAGGGAUUAGUGGAAUUAGUUGUUUAGGUCUUAAUGGCUUUUGUUCUAGGUUUAUCUUCUACCUCUGGUUCUGAUAUACAGAUGAGUAAUGGCUUGUUUGAUAAAGAAGGUGAAAAAGCAAAUGAGGGCGUAAUGGUUUAGCAUGAAGAUGACAUAGUUUUAUGUACAGUUGAAAUGAAUGUAAUCAGUAAUAUGCAAAGUUUAGAAGCAAAGAAAAAAAAUAUAUUUUGUGAUUUUA